GGGCCCGCGCGGGGCGGGGCGGAGCCGCCGCCGCUGCCCGGUGUCUCGCCGUCCGGCCGGCGAUGGGGGAGGCCGGGCCAGGGCCGGGGGUCUCGCCGGGGCCCAGGGAGGCGCCGGAGCCCGAGGAGGACGAGGCGACGGCGCCGGCCGGCGCGCGGGGGAGCCGGGCCGUGCCCCGCGGUGGCAUCCGGGUGUUGAAGAGAAACGUGAAGCGCAACGGGAGCAAGAGCUGCUUGAACAGGAGCCGGUUUGGCUCCCGUGAGAGGGACUGGCUGAAAGAGGAUGUCGGACGAGGCUGCGUGUAUGUUUAUGGAGGAGAUUCUGCAGCUGCAGCUUCUUCAGACUUGCGCCUGGUCCUCUGCACGGUGGAGACGCCAGCGUCCGAGAUAUGCGAUGGAGAAGGGAGGAAAAACCUCUUUCUGCAACUUCAUGGAGACCUUGUCAGGCGGCUGGAGCCCACAGAAAAACCCCUUCAGAUUGUGUAUGACUACUUGGCUGGGUUAGGUUUUGAUGAUCCUGUCAGAAUGCAGGAAGAGGCAGCAAACUCUGAUCUCAGCUGUAUGAUUCGGUUUUACAGCGAAAAGCCAUGUCAAGUGGAACAGUUAGAUCGUAUCCUGCUCUCUGGAGUAUAUAAUGUACGCAAAGGAAAAACCCAGUUGCACAAGUGGGCAGAGCGCUUGGUAAUCCUCUGUGGUACGUGCCUCAUUGUGUCCUCUGUGAAAGACAGCCACGCUGGGAAGAUGCACAUCUUGCCUCUGGUUGGAGGAAAGGUGGAAGAGAUGAAGCGCCGGCAGUACACACUGGCUUUCACAUCUGCUGGAGCACAGGCUCAAACGUACCACGUUUCCUUUGAGACGCUGACAGAGUACCAGCGGUGGCACCGGCAGGCAUCCACGGUUGUGUCUAUGCGACUUAGCAUGGUUGAUCUUUCAUGCUACAGCCUUGAGGAAGUACCUGAGCACCUCUUCUACAGUCAAGACAUCAUCUACCUCAACCUACGACACAAUUUUAUGAGAUCAAGUGGAGCAGGGAGUCUUGACUCUCUUUGCAGGUUUUCUCAGUUGAAGAGCCUGAACCUGUCUCAUAAUAGAUUGGGAGAGUUUCCUGUGUCACUGUGCGAGAUCUCUACUCUGACAGAGCUUAAUAUUUCCUGUAAUGGCCUUUGUUCCUUGCCAAGCCAGAUUGGCAAACUGUUGAAUCUCCAGACCUUAUGGCUUGAUGGGAAUUUCCUCACAUCCUUACCAGAAGAAAUGGGAAAUCUUCAACAGCUCAGCUGUCUUGGGCUUUCCUUCAAUAACUUCUGUGAACUUCCAGCAAUUUGUGAGAAGCUCAUCCUCAUAGACAAACUGGCCCUGGCAGGGAAUGUACUAGAGACCCUGGACCUGGCAGUGCUGAAUCGUAUGAGUCACAUCAAAAAUGUGGACCUGAGGCUGAACAACCUGAAGAGAGCAGCAGCUGACACUCUGGAGGGGAACAAAUCUGUGACGUACAUGGAUUUACGAGACAAUCAGAUGACAGAUCUGGACCUGAGCUCUUUGGGCAGCCUGGAGCAGCUGCACUGCGAGCGGAAUAAGCUGAAAGAGUUGACACUGAGUGGCUUCUCCCUUCGGGCCCUUUAUGCCAACAGCAACUGUCUGUCAGCUGUCAAUAUUUAUCCAGUUCCUGGUCAACUGACUUGUCUAGAACUCUCCCACAAUCAACUGCAGUGUGUCCCAGACUGGGCCUGUGAAGCAAAGAAACUGGAAGUUUUGGAUAUGAGCCACAACCUCCUUGUGGAGCUUCCAUCGAGGAUCCUCAGCAGCUUGAGCCUUCGGAAGUUGAUGGUGGGGCACAAUCGUCUGCAGAGACUUCUGCCUCUUGUAGAACACAUUCCGCUGGAGGUGCUGGACAUUCAGCACAACCUGUUGACUAAACUCCCAGAGACGCUCUUUGUCAAGGCUCUGAACCUCAGGUACCUGAAUGCAUCUGCAAACAGCCUGGAGUCCUUGCCCUCUGCAUGUACAGGGGAGGAGAGUUUGAGCAUGCUGCAGCUGCUUUACUUGACCAGUAAUAACCUCACAGAUCAGUGCAUCCCUGUCUUGGUGGGACACCCAAGCCUACGGAUCCUGCAUCUGGCAAACAACCACCUACAGACUUUCCCUGCAAGCAAACUUAGUAAGCUGGAGCACUUGGAAGAGCUGAACCUGAGUGGUAACAAACUGAAAACAAUUCCCACAACAGUGGCAAACUGCAAGCUGCUUCACACACUUAUUGCACACUCUAAUGAAAUCAGCAUCUUUCCAGAGAUCCUGCAUUUGCCCCGUAUUCAGUUUGUGGACUUGAGCUGCAACGAGUUAACUGAAAUCCUAAUCCCUGAGGCACUGCCAGGUGCCUUGCAAGAGUUGGACCUGAGUGGAAACACAAACCUGGUGCUAGAACACAAGACACUGGAUGUCUUCAGUCACAUUACCACGCUGAAGAUUGAUGCUAAGCCCUCCCUCACAGCAGACUCAGCACUCAGUUCUACCUUCUGGAGUCAUGGAGUAGCUGAGAUGGCAGGCCAAAGAAAUAAGCUGUGUGUGUCAUCCCUGGCUCUGGGGAACUUUGCAGAGGGGGUGGAGGCUGUGUAUGGCAUGUUUGAUGGAGACAAGAAUGAGGAGCUGCCUCGCUUGCUGCAGUGCACCAUGGCCGAUGUGCUCCUGGAGGAGGAAGCUGGGUAUGGCUGGGCAGAAGCUGGGUUCCUCUGCUGUCCUUUGCUAUAUUCGUCAUGAUGGGGCUGAUCCAGCCAGCAACUUUUCUCUGACGGUGGCCAAUGUGGGGACGUGCCAAGCCAUUCUGUGCCGAAGUGGAAA